AUGGCGGACUUGGUUCAAGAUGAUCCAUCAUCUGGGGUGCAAUCCUCUUCAGAGGAUCAAGGCGCUGAUAUGCCGGUGGAGUCAUUGGUUCAGGGUCGCGUGAAGCGAAGCACCGCCGGUCGGCACAUGGCCGCUUUGAUUGACGCCGCCGCCGACGAUGACCUCACACUCUUAUUUGAAGAGGUGGAGGAUGAUCAGGAGUUUGCGAUGGAUGGAGAAGUGGCGGAGGAAGAGGAUGUAGGGCUGGAUUCAUCCUCGGACGACGAUGAUGAUCAGGGCCCCGCUGCCCAAAACGACUACGAGGGAGAGAAAGAAUUGCAAAAGGAGGAGCGCAAGAAACGACGUGCGCAGAACGACCUACGAUUCCAAACUCUACGAAAACGAGUCAAAAUUGACCCGACCGCCGUUUCAUCCGUCCCUGCUCCGCCGCCCCGACCGAAGAAGAAGUCAGAGCGCCUCUCAUGGCUCCCCACGGUAGAGGAUGGCCCGACGCGGUCCUCUUCGCGUCGGCAGACAAUGGUCAACAAGGAACUCACGCAUGCACGCUUGAAGGAUAGCCAGGAGAAACGCAUUCGAAUAAUUGCUACGAUGAAGGAGGCCGAAAAGCGCAAAGCUCAUCUGAAGCCAAAGGAAAUGACUCAGGAGGACCACCUCGCAGAGGCUGCUCGGGUGGAACGCACAAAUAGCAAAAGUCUCAACCGCUGGGAGCUGUCGGAGAAAAAGAAGGCCGAGGAGAGAAAGGCCAAAAUCGAGGCGCUACAAAAUCGACGUCUCGAGGGCCCCGUUAUUUCCUACUGGAGCGGAGUGGCUACGUGGGUCGAUGGGAAAUUGACAAAGGUGGGCAGAGUCGAAGUCAAGGCGAAGCCCGAGAAAGAAGAGCCUCGCAAGAAGAAGAAGGAAAAGGACGAGAAAUCCGGCUCGGAAGCCCAAGGUGGUGUCUCGUCUGUAACUCCUGGCCCGGCACUCGAUGAGAAAGCGGUAUCCGCUAUCGAGGUUCAGAUCCCAGGCCCGACUGUAGCGGCGGCCGAGGCAGGAGCUGCGACAGAAUCCGCAGAAAAUGCGCCGGUCGGUACGACUUCUUCGGCCGUCAGAAACGAUGGUGUCUCGGUUGAGGUCGUCGUGACUAAGAAAGCCUCGGAAGAGCAGCAGCAUACUCCAGUCGAGGUGGUCUCCGAGCAGGCCACGACGACUGUAUCACAGUCCGCCGUGAGUACCGAAGAUAAGAAUACCGAUGGGACGCCCGCCGCUGAGCCGGCUGGUGAUAGCAAAGCGAAUGCGGAGCAAGCGAGUCAAGAGAACCAAAUCGAUAUUCCCAAUACAGCCGGGGAUGACACAGGAGACCGCAAAGCCAGCACAAAAAAGGAACCUGUUCUGGUGACGGAUCAAAGCCUCUCGGAAAUGGACAUUGAUGAACCUCCAACGAUCAAGCCGGAGGAGAAAGCCGAGAAGAAAGCCGAGAAGAAAGCCGAGAAGAAAGCCGAGAAGAAAGCCGAGGAGAAAUCUGAGGAGAUAUCUGAGGGGGAAGCUGAGGGGAAACCCGAGGAAGAGCCCGAUGCGAUGGAUCUUGAUCCCAAGCCAGAUAAUGAGCCUGCCAAAGACGACGAAGCGCGAGAACAGCAAGAGCAAAAAACUGCUGCGGUAAAUGCGGCCCAGGAAUUGGGCACUGGCGGCAGCUCAGGGAUCGAGACCGACCAUCUACCCUCGAACAAUUUGGUGGCCGAUACCAAGCGGCCAGCGAAUGAUGAAGUACCAGCUCCGACUAGUGCAUCCGCAUCCGCAUCGACGCCUGUGUGUGUGCCAGAGCCUGUGCAUGCAGACCUCUUAGCCUCCGAGGCCCCCGAAGCUCCCAAAGGUCCCCAAUCUCCUCACCCUCAUAUCUCGUCUGGCGAUGCAGCUUCUCCACCCGCCACGUCGGCCGAUGGCGCAGCAUCUGCGAAACAGGACCUUGCUUCUGCUUCGGAUUCGCAGCAACCGCAGGGAGAGCUUGGCAACAUGAAUCGUCAACAACCGACCGUGUCGCAAGAGGCCACCCCUACGGCGGGACAGCCUGAGAUCCCGUCAGCUCCAGCAGCCCCUCCCGUGAUUGAACACACGGGCCGCAUCUUGACAAUUUUGGAGAACUUCGACGAUCGGACCGCGCACAGCAAGAAGUACAGCAUGUACUUUAACGCCAAGAAGCCGCCCCGUUUGACCAGUAAGUAUCCUGCCUGCCAUCCGCGUCCGUCCUCGUCCGACAAGUGCCAAAUAGUCAAGCUCAGCUCGUAUUCGCCGUUGCUAAUGUAUCUUAUAGAAAUAUCUUCAUCCCUGUGCGUCAUCACAUCCCUUCCAUCACGGUAUCGCGAUCCUGAGACGUCGCUACCGUAUGCGAAUUCUUUCGCGUACAAGCAAAUUCGGCGAAUGCUGUCGCAGGGUUACAUUUGGAGCUCGAUGCUGGGUUGUUUUGUCGGGCCUGGCGGGACCGCAGCUCGUGGCGUGCCUGGCCGGUUCCUUGGCAAAGAGACAGAGGAGGACGACGAAAAAGAGAAACCCAAAGAGGGAGAGGAGGUGAAAUCCACGUCUGACAUCGACAAAGGCAAAGCUGAGAAGCCCGUGAUCGGAUCUGAGGGCGACUCGAAAUCCAACCCGGUGAAUGUCGACGCCACGUGA